GCUGUCUUCUUCUCCCUAACGCUGAUGUGUACCUAGCACUAACCCGAAAGUCUGUAAAAAUGUUCAACUUCGGAUCAAAACUGCUGCUGCUUUUCCUGCUGGCCUUCCCCUGUGGACUAAUAUCAGUCGGCCACGUUGGUGCAGAUUUUACUGAGGACUCCAUCGAGGACACGGAUGCUGCUGUCGACGAGGAUGAAGAUGAGGACGAGGAAGAGAUGCUUGUUGAAGAAGAUCAAGUGCAAAACUCUAACAGAGAUGAAGAUGAUGCUGAUGAAGCUGCUGAUAAACUCGUAACUUCUCACCCCGAUGCCGACACAACUAUCCUCUUCACCACAGGCGAAGAGUUUCCUGCGAAUGAAAUCGUGAAGUUCCUUGUGGGUUUCACCAAUAAGGGCAGUCAGGAUUUUACCGUUCAGUCACUGGAGGCCUCCUUCCGUUACCCCCAAGACUUCCAGUUCUUCAUUCAGAAUUUCACAGCAUUGCCCCUGAACACUGUAGUCCAGCCCCAGGCACAGGCCUCCUUCGAGUACUCCUUCAUCCCAGCACAACCCAUGGCUGGACGUCCCUUCGGCCUCGUCAUCCUCCUCACUUACCUUAACUCUGAGGGCAACACGUUCCAGACUGCUGUUUACAACGAGACCGUCACUGUCAUUGAGCGAGAAGAGGGACUGGAUGGAGAAACGAUGUUCAUGUACGUGUUUCUGUUUGGACUGGUGGCUCUGAUGCUGUUUGGGUUGUACCAGGUUCUGGAGUCAAGAACGAGAAAGAGGAUUUCGGUGAAAAUAGAGAAGGGCACGGUCGGAAUAAACGAUGUGGACAUCAGCUGGAUUCCUCAGGAGACGCUUAAUGUCAUGAACAAGGCUUCCCCUAAAACGUCUCCACGGAAACGAACCAAAAGGGCAGCUGGGGCUGACCAGUAAGCUUCAGUCGGCUAAAAUCCUUCAUCAUACGGGCUAUCAAACUUUCAGGUCUUUGAGAUGCAGCGUCCCUGCUGCUGAUCACGAGGGAUUGACCAUUUUGGAAUUCAGUUUUAAUCCCAAGACAUGAAUUUCUGCCUGAACGUGCUGGACUUUGUCUCCUGUAAGAGCGAUGUCAUUUAAACACUAACGGGAGUAAAGCGUUUACUCAGUUUUACUGGAAAAGUUUUUAAAUGCACGAAAGUUGAAAAGAUGAUUUAAAAAAAAAAAACACACUAAAGUUUGGAAAGAUGUGCAAACGGCCAUAUGAAUACUGUGAAGUCAGUAUUAUUUUUAAUCAUAUGUCAUAUUUGAGGUUUUUUACCUGUAAUAUGAAGAUAAAAUCAAUUGUGACUAAAAGCACAAAGUAUUGCAUCAGUUAGGAUUUGAUUUGUUUCCUCCACCACUGUGUCUUGUAGUAAUUGUAAUGAUGGUGCCCUGGAAACACUUAAUGUCAGGAAAUUAAAAAUGUGUCUGGGAGAAAAAAAGUUUUAUAAAGAGGUGAUGGCAGCUGCAAGUACCUUCAACAAUAUAACGAUGUUCUUUCAACAUUUCUGCAGGCUUGUUUACCUGUUUAUUCCUAUUUUGGAGGCAAACGAGCAUCAGCCUGUUACAGGGUGGUAAUGGAGCAGACUCAGGUUGUUUGCCAUUGCUUUUUUUAAGAACACUUUUUAGAAUAAAAAAAACAAUAAAACGAUGAAUAAAGUG